CGCUACUAUCCUUUCAAAAACCUCAGUUCGGUUUCCAACAGAAUCGCCUAAAGACCGCGAUCAAGACGCGAGACCAGCUCGUCUCAUCCGCAAAAUCGGAGACGAUACAGUGAGUCAAACUCCGUUCAAAGAUCAUCAGUUUUUCGAUAGAAUGGAACGCUGAUUUUCUUGUGAACAAGCGAAUAACAACUACCGUCUUCGUCGGUUAAUCAGCCUCAGCGAUGUGGAAGCAUAUGCUACUCUGAAGUAAUUUCUUUUCCUUUUUGUUUUGUUUUUUUUUUUACGUCUUAUUCUUUACUCAGAGAGAACGCGAUUUGCAUUCUCUAGCGUUUGAACAUGUGGACAAGUGUUACCAAAUGUUUUAUAAUCUUUGCAAUCGGAUGUUUUUAUCAGGCACACGCUCAAGAUGAAGAUGACGAGGUGUACAAAGGCAAGUACCUCGGAAAGUUGAACGCCUAUCAUCACCAAGUUUCCGGUGAUGUUUACGCUGUCGACGAAUACACCUUGCUCUUGAAGUCGUUCAGCUACGACGGUAACGGCGCCGACACCUUCUUUUGGGCAGGCGCAGCCAAUCGCCCCGGGCCCCAGGGUUUCAUAGUUCCUGACGAAUGGGGAAAGACGAACGUGCUGGAAAGGUACUUCAACAAGGACUUCACCCUGACGCUUCCCGAUGGAAAAAAAAUCACCGACAUCAAAUGGUUCGCGAUUUAUGAUCUCUCAAACCAGAACACUUUCGGAGACGUUUACAUACCUGAGCAAUUUGAUCCCCCGGCACUUCAGCGGAUCUCCCAACUCUCCACAACAUCUCACGGAGUGUCUUCGGGGGCGAUCGAGAUCCUGGAUGCAAAAACUAUCAGGAUCCCAAGGUUCAGUUACGAUGGACAGGGCACCGCGUACUUCUGGGUCGGCGUCGGUCCGCAACCUUCAAGCAAGGGCACCAAAGUCCCUGACGAUUACGGAUACCUGGAUCCACUGAGAGCUUACCAGAAUGAGGACAUCGUCAUUCAGCUACCCGGAGAGAUGACAGUCUUCCGUAUAAACUGGCUGAGCGUUUACGACCUCGAGGAAAAGUCGAAAUUCGGAUCUGUCAUCAUUCCAGAGGGUCUGAACGUUCCCCCUUCUCUGGUCACGGUGACAAAGCAUGCGGUCGCACUUCCGAACUGUGUUCAAUUACACAAAAACUACCAAAUGAGCUGGGAGAUCUUUGGUCCGCAGAUAACCGUACAGUUGACAGGUCAAGUCGCCGAUGAUGAGUACAUGGCUUUCGGGCUCUCGGGAUCCGACGAAAAGAGCCAAAUGGAAGGCUCCGACGUCACGAUUGCUUACAUGGACGGCACUCAAGGUUUCGCAACGGAUUACAGUAUUUCUGCGUACGCACCGUGCGGAAAGGUCCUCGGACAGUACAAGGGUGUCUGUAAGGACAAUCUCGUUGGAGGGCAGGACAACAACCAGAUUUUUACCGGGUCCAGACAGGACGGGAUCAGCGUCAUCACCUACAGACGUACUCUGAAUUCAUCUGAUCCUAUCGAUAAGAAUUACCCGACUGACCGUCCUGUGUAUGUGGUCUGGGCGCUGGGUCGACUAGACGAAAACAAGGAACCGAAUUUCCACGACGUUUAUCCAAAAGGAAAUUUGAAACUCGAACUACAUCGCACGCAGCCCGAAAAUACUUGCUUGGACUUUACACAGAACGAUAAUUCACUUCAGAAACCGUGGGAUAAGACAGAGAUUUUCGACAGAUCGAUCAGAACAUUUGUAGCAACGCUUGGUCCAUCCGGUGGAAAAAAGGGUUACCAAGGAUUGACCGGACAGACGUCGACGGGACUCGCUUGGUACAUAAACGGAUAUUUAAUUCCGGAAAUCUACCUUCGACGGGGUUUGACCUACAUAUUCAAGAUCUAUGGAGGAAAUAAUCCACACAGUGCAAACUUUUACCACCCUCUGAUAAUCACCGACGAAUCUCACGGCGGUUACGACAGACUAACCGACAUAUCUCAGACGAAAAUUCGCGUUUUAGCGGGCGUUGAAUUCACCAGGCGAGGUAGACCGCGGCCAACUGCAGUCGGACCACUCUGCCUGAGCAAACAUAACGGGAGAGACAGGCGACUGGACGACGAUUUUUCGUCAUUCAGGAAAUUCAACAGAUCGUUGAUUCAAGUUUGCGACGCAGGUGACCCAGGACUGCUGGAAAUAACACCGAAUUCCACUUGGCCCGAUACCGUCUACUACAAUUCCUUCACUCACGCGAAUAUGGGUUGGAAAAUUCACGUGGUUGAUUCGUACUCGACGAGCGCUGCGAUCAUACUGAGGCUAAGCUGGCUCUGUGGGAUAUUCGUUGUUUGUUUUCGUCUCGUAUAAACUGAGAUUCAAAAUAGUGAGUGCUCUAAACUCGUUCAGCUACGUCAGAAUUCGUUAA